AUGGACAACACCAACCAAGUCGACUUCAUCCUCGACAUCCUCGAAGACCAGAAGCGAAGGAAGAAGCGGAGGAUCGAGCUGAUCAAGGACGAGUUCGACGAAAACCUGAACGAACAAGCCCUCAUCGACGAACUCAUCAACAUGCCCGGCUUCGAAGCAUUCAACCAACGGCCCCCACCCCCAGCCACAGAGAAAGGAGCGCCCGGCGAGAGCGGAGAAGCAGAACCGCCGACCAGCAACAGGCGACGGCGGCCAUCCCAAUCAUCCCCCUCCCUCGACACCGCCUCCUCCGCCAGCAAACGCAAGGGCAAGAAGCCAAACGUCAAGCGCGACCAUCUCGGCGCACACCAGAAGCUCAUCGACGACUUCUUCAGAUUCGACCCCACCCAUCAUCACACCAACCCAUCCCGCCAGGACCGGGAAGAGGAGCAAGCGGAGGAUGCCCGGUUUUGCGCACAGUUCAAGCUGUCCAAGCGGCUCUUCAGACGCAUCCACAGCGACCUCAUCAAGCACGACCUGCACUUCACCCAACGAAAAGAUGCGCUGGGCAAUCUGGGCCAUUCGAGCUACCAGAAGGUGCUCGUGGCCGUCCGCCAGCUGAGCCACGGCAUCGGGAAGCCCGAGGCGAUCCUGGACUGCUACAUCCGGAUGGCCGAGAGCACGGCGCUCGAGAGUCUGCUGCGGUUCUGCACGAGCCUGGGCGAGCUGUAUGGCGGGCGAUAUCUGCGUUCGGCGACGGCGGCCGAGGCGGAGCGGGCGAGUGUGCACAACCAGCGGCGCGGGUUCCCGGCGGGCUUGCAGGGGUAUCUGGGCUGGCGGGCGUGGGAAUGGACGCACUGUCCGACCGGCUGGAGCGGCCGGUUCAAGGCCGCGUCUCCAACCACCGAAGCGAUGGCCGCGGGCAGGAAGAAGAUGCCCCCGACGAUCCUCCUCGAGGGCCUCGUCGACUUCCGCGGCUGGUUCUGGGCCGCCUACGUCGCCACCCCCGGCGCCUGCAAAGACCUCGACCUCUUCGCGCCCCUCCCGCCCAUCUAUGCCCCCGUCUUCGCCCCGCCAACGCUCGACAACGGCCGGCCGGCCUUCUUCCUCGCCCACCCCAUCUACCCCGCCCGGCCCCCCCUCUGUCCGCCCCCCUCUUCUGCCGCGGGGCUUCCUCCUCCUCCCCAGGAGGUGCCCGCCGAGCUCCGGAGACGGCUCCAGGACGAGUUCGAUCGCGCCGUCGACAGCCUCGAGAACCGCUUCAGAAUCAUCCAUCUGCCCUGCCGCCUCUGGUCCUCCAACUCCAUGAUCGUCCUCAUCAAGGCCGCCCUCAUCCUCCACAACAUGAUCAUCGACGACCAGCCACAACCGGACCCGCCCUCUCCUCCUCCUCCGCCGCCUCUUUCGACAGCCGCAACCUCCGAUAUCCAAGUUCAUCCUUCCUCCUCCGCUUCCAUUCCUGCAGCUCCUUCGACUCUCCCCUCUCAUCAUCAACACCCCACUAUCCCGCCCCAUGUAUUUGCUAAACUCAACUAUCGCUACCAGCUCUUCAAUCCUUCAAGCUCCUUGAUCCCUCCCCAAUGA